GAACUUUUCCUCUUCCUAUGAAAAAUGAAAAAACCCCCCUUUCUUCUCAAACCACAACUGCUUAUAUACAUACGCCAACAAGUUACGGAACGACACCUAAUUCUUUCAUUUUUCCUUCCCAUCUUUCUCUCUCUACACAUUUCCUCCUAGAGAGAGAGAGGAGAGAGAGAGAAGAGAGAGAGAGGGGCAUCCAUUUUCUUUUUCCUUUUUUUUUUCUUUUUUCUCGUGGGUUUAUCAGACGCAAGGCCAAGAAUUAAUCAAUUGAAAAAAAAAAAAAAUGGUUUCGUACGCAAAGAUCAGCAAAACCCUAGACGGGAUGAAGCCGACGAUAAUGAUGAUCGUAUUUCAGGCGGUGUUCGCCGUCGUAAACAUCGGCUACAAGCUUGCCGCCAACGACGGCAUGCGCCUCCCUAUCCUCGUGGCCUACCGAUUCUUGUUCAGCGCCGCUUUCAUAAUACCCGUCGCCUUUUUCGUCGAAAGGAAAAAGAGGCCAAAAUUAACAUGGAAGGUAGCUUCAUAUGGUUUUCUAUGUGGUUUAUUUGGGGGAGCACUAGGGCAAAAUCUAUACUUGAAAGCCCUAGACUUAACUUCUGCAACAUUUGUCUCUGCAAUGACCAAUCUUAUUCCAGCCAUGACAUUCAUCGUCGCAGUUUGCUUAAGGUUAGAGAGGCUAGGGUGGAACACGGCAGCAGGCAAAGCGAAGGUUUUAGGAACAUUACUCGGUAUAAGCGGAGCAAUGCUCCUCACAUUCUACAAAGGCCCGGAAAUAAAUCUUUGGGACACGCAUAUAAACCUUCUAGAACUUACCAAAUCAAAUCGAUCAAACGGAAGCACGCAAGUUCACCACGGUGGGCAAAAUCUCGUAUUGGGUUCCAUAUUAGCCCUAGUUAGUUGUGUUUGUUACUCACUAUGGUUGAUUGUUCAGGCUAAAGCGGCGGCGAAGUAUCCAUGUCCGUAUUCGAUUACCGCAAUGAUGUCGUUUUGGGCAUCGAUACAAGGUGUUGGCUUUGCCCUUUGCAUGGAGAGGGAAUGGAACGAUUGGAUUCCGCGAUUGAAUAUCGGACUCCUCACAGCAGCUGUCGCCGGAAUAUUGGGUUCGGGAGUGAUGUUCGUGUUUGUUGCGUGGUGCGUACGAAUGAGGGGGCCGUUGUUCGUAUCGGUAUUCAACCCGUUGCUUCUUGUGAUGGUGGCAAUUGCUGGAUCUUUGUUUUUGGAAGAGAAGCUUCAUUGGGGAAUGGUGCUAGGUGGCAUCUUGAUAGUGGCUGGAUUAUACAUAGUAUUAUGGGGAAAAGGCAGAGAAUUGAAGCAAGUGUCACAACAAACGCCACAAGCUGAAAAUGAAGAACAAACGCCACAAGCCGAAAAUGAAGAACAAACGCAAACGCAAGUACAUAUCGAAAUGCCAACGGUACAAACGCAGUCGGCGCCGCGCCUAAGUGGCGGCAGCAGCCACGGCCGAGGAAGCAGCAGAAGGACGACGACGGCAGCGGCAACGGCAACGGCAGACGACGAAAGAGAAGACGAUAGUAGGGGUUCUCAUUCGAGCUCCGAUUACGUAGGCGGUCUUUAUCUUUAUCAUUCGUAGAAUGAUAUUAUUUUUUCGAACUA